GGGGCCGGAGGAGGCGGCAGGUGACGGCGGCGGGCUGAGCGGCGCGAGCCGGCCGGCCCGGCGGUUUGCAGGGAAGCUGAAACACUGUAGUGUACCGUUCGGCAGGAUAAGUAAGGAAUGAGCCAGCCUUGGGAAAGAGGACCUGCCAUCCUAGCUGGAGACAUCUGAAGAGAGGACAUUUUAGUCUUGUGGCAUGCUUCAGUAGAAAUUAUUCAGAAAAAGAUGGCUGGCUGUGGCGAAAUAGAUCAUUCGAUCAACAUGCUACCCACAAAUAGGAAGACAAAUGAGUCAUGUGCUAACACAGCACCUUCCCUGACAGUCCCUGAAUGUGCUAUCUGUCUGCAAACGUGUGUCCAUCCAGUAAGUCUGCCUUGUAAACACGUUUUCUGCUAUCUGUGUGUGAAGGGAGCUUCUUGGCUUGGGAAACGAUGUGCACUCUGCCGGCAGGAGAUUCCAGAGGAUUUUCUUGACAAGCCAACCUUAUUGUCACCAGAAGAACUCAAAGCGGCAAGCAGAGGCAAUGGAGAAUAUGCUUGGUACUAUGAAGGUAGAAAUGGUUGGUGGCAGUAUGAUGAACGUACCAGCAGAGAGCUGGAAGAUGCCUUUUCCAAGGGUAAAAAGAGCACUGAAAUGUUAAUCGCUGGGUUUUUAUACAUAGCAGAUCUGGAAAAUAUGGUUCAGUAUAGGAGAAACGAGCACGGACGCCGCCGAAAAAUAAAACGGGACAUAAUAGAUAUACCAAAGAAGGGAGUGGCUGGGCUGAGGUUGGACUGUGAUGCUAACACUGUCAACCUGGCAAGAGAGAGCUCCGCUGAUGGUGCAGACAGCACACCGACUCCAGGGGCUGCAGCUGUGCAGCCUCUAGCAUCCAUUUCUGCUAGGCCCCUGCCGUCGCUAGAUGGUCAGCUGAUGAGUCCUUCAACGCCAUCACCAGAUGCAAGCAAUUCUCUAGAGAACUCUUUUGCACACUUACAAAUAAAUGGAGACAGUAUGGCUGAAAGGAGUCAUAGGGGAGAGGGAGAAGAAGACCAUGAAUCAUCAUCUUCUGGUAGGGUGCCAGCCCCUGACACCUCUGUUGAGGAGACCGAAUCGGAUGCUAGCAGCGAUAGCGAGGAGGUGUCUGCCCACCUUCAGCAACGCCUGGCCUCUGUCCAGCAGAGACACUUGAAUGCAACCGUGAGCCAGUCAGGAGCAGAUAGACCAGUGGCAGGGGGUGGGGUGGUAAACACAAGCGUAAGAUCUAGAAGGCCAGAUGGACAGUGCACAGUCACUGAAGUUUAAAUCUAGAGCCAUGCGAUUAAAAACUCAGUCCUGUAUCUGUAAAUUUUCUGUCCACGUUGGCAUUGCACUCAAACCUAGCAGUGUGUU